AUGGCAUGUGGGCUGAGGGAUCUUCAGGGCCUUGCAUCUCCCUUUGCAUCUGCCAGGCUUGAGAGUCACCUCUAUAUUGAAGAGCCCUGGUUCUGGGGGGCCUGUGGUCAAACCAACAUCUCCUGCAAGAUAGUGAAGGGGAAGCUGGUGGAGGUAGGCAGGCCAUGGCAGGUGAGCAUCCUGCUCCUGGGCACGUACAUCUGCAGCAGCUCCCUCAUCCAUUGCCAGGGGAUCCUCACAGCUGCACUCUGCUUACAGAGAUUCAAGGACCCCAAAAUGUACACUGUGAGGGUGGGAGUCCAGUGCCUCCCAGAAAACAGCACUCAUCUCCUGCUCAUUUGUGUCAUGAUUCACGAGGAUUUCAACAACCUCAUCUCCCAUGACAUUGCCCUCCCCAAGCUCAGGGAACUCAUCCCCUCGUUCCCCCUCAUCCAGCCUGUCUGCCUACCCAACGCCAGAUUCAAGCCAUCGAUCAGAACCACCUGCUGGGUGAUGGGGUGGGGACACACAGAUUGUCAAGUGACCCCAAAGCCCCCCAAAAGUCAUUAGGAGGUGGCUGUGAAGAUUGUAAAUAAUGAUAUCUGCAAUCAUCAGUACCAGUCCCUUUUCUUGAAGGGCCAGAAGAGUUUCAUUGGGAACAACAUGCUGUGUGCCAACUCACAAUGGGGCGUAGACACUUGUCAGUGUGCUGUCAUCCCUAAAUGGCGGCUCUGCUUGGCUGAUGUCUCUGCUUCCAGCCUGAUGGCCCUGGUCUGGGACCAGUGUGGCACUGAAGCCCCGGAGACAGGAGCUGACAGUGCCUUCCGAGGCCCAUCACACUGCAUUAGCUCCCAUCCUCCUGAGAAGCCUGUGAUGGGCGUGAAGCCCAAUUAG